CAGGCAGUGCUAACAAUGGCGAGCCAGAGAAACAAAAGUGUGUUUAGAGUUUCAGUCUGCGGCCAAGAAAAUAUAGAGCAGUUGUCAAGAGAUGGCAGCCAAUACAGUUUGUCAACCGGCGUUAUUCCGUCGCUUGGAGCAAGAAGCAACCGGAGAGUCAAGCUCAGAAAAUUUAUUAUUUCGCCUUGCGAUCGUCGUUACAGGAUAUGGGAGAAUUUUCUUGUCCUUCUGGUUAUCUACACUGCUUGGGCGUCGCCAUUUGAAUUUGGGUUCCUUCAAAAGCCAGAGAAAGCACUUUCCAUCACUGAUAACGUUGUUAAUGGAUUCUUUGCCGUCGAUAUUGUUCUCACCUUCUUCGUAGCUUACCUCGACAAAGCCACCUACCUGCUUGUCGAUAGUCCAAAGAAGAUUGCUUGGAAAUAUACAAGCUCCUGGUUUCUCUUGGAUGUCAUAUCUACAAUCCCAUCUGAACUCGCUUACAAAAUCUCUGCUAAACCUCUCCAAUAUUAUGGCUUUUUCAGCAUGCUUCGCCUUUGGCGUCUCAGAAGAGUUAGUGCCCUGUUUUCCAGAUUGGAGAAAGACAAGAACUACAAUUAUUUUUGGGUUCGAUGCUGUAAACUUACUUUUGUCACCUUGUUUGCGGUGCAUUGUGCUGGAUGCUUCUAUUAUCUCAUUGCCGCACGUUACCAUAAUCCUCACAGAACCUGGAUUGCAGCAACCCUGGGAGACAACUUCAUUGCAAAGAGCAUUUGGAGUCGGUAUGUGACUUCAAUCUACUGGUCUAUCACUACACUAACAACUGUUGGCUAUGGGGAUUUGCAUCCAUUUAAUGCAAGGGAGAUGAUCUUUGACAUCUUCUUUAUGCUCUUCAAUCUUGGAUUGACUGCAUAUCUGAUUGGUAACAUGACCAACUUGGUUGUCCAUGGAACUAGUCGAACCAGAAGAUUUAGAGACACCAUUCAAGCUGCUUCAAGUUUUGCUCAGAGGAACCAUUUGCCACAUCACCUACAAGAUCAGAUGCUGGCACAUUUGUGUUUGAAGUACAGGACUGAUUCUGAGGGACUCCAGCAGCAAGAGACUCUUGAUUCUCUUCCUAAAGCCAUCCGAUCAAGCAUUUCACAUUAUCUUUUUUACUCUCUCAUGGACAAGGUGUACUUAUUUCGUGGGGUUUCCAAUGACUUGCUUUUCCAGCUGGUCUCAGAGAUGAAGGCUGAGUAUUUUCCACCAAAAGAAGAUGUCAUUUUGCAAAAUGAAGCACCAACAGACUUCUACAUUCUUGUCACCGGGGCUGUGGAUCUAUUGAUUCUCAAAAAUGGAACUGAACAGAUUAUUGGGGAGGCUAAAGCUGGUGAAAUUUGUGGAGAGAUUGGGUUACUUUGUUAUCGGCCACAGCUUUUUACAGUGCGGACAAAACGAUUGAGCCAACUGUUACGGCUGGACCGUACGACAUUCCUGAAUAUUGUUCAAGCUAAUCUUGGUGAUGGAACGGUAAUCAUCAAUAAUCUUCUCCAGCAUUUGAAAGAUCUCCAAGUCCAGGACCCAACUAUGGAGGGAAUUUUUAUUGAGACUGAGAACAUGCUAGCUCAUGGGAGAAUGGACUUACCUCUCAGUCUAUGUUUUGCUGCACAUAGAGCAGAUGAUUUACUGUUGCAUCAGCUGUUGAAACGAGGCCUUGAUCCAAUUGAAUCAGACAACAAUGGAAGAAAACCUCUGCAUAUAGCAGCAUCAAAAGGAAGUGAAAAUUGUGUGCUCCUCCUACUCGAUUACGGCGCAGAUCCUAACUGCAGAGACUCAGAGGGUAAUGUACCAUUAUGGGAUGCAAUGCUGGGAAAUCAUGAACAUGUGAUUAACCUUCUUAUGGACAAUGGUGGAAACCUUAAAUCUGGAGAUAUGGGUCACUUUGCAUGCACUGCUGCUGAGAAGAACAACUUGGAAUUACUUAAAGAAAUCGUUCGCCAUGGUGCGGAUGUCACAAAGCCUAGGAACAAUGGCUCCACUGCUCUCCACGUUGCAGUUUGUGAAGACAACAUUGAAAUAGUCAGAUUUCUCUUAGACCAGGGGGCUGACAUUGAUAAACCAGAUGUCCAUGGCUGGACCCCAAGGGAGCUAGCUGAUCAGCAGGGACAUGAGGAUAUACAACUCAUUUUCCAAUCUUUUAAGGAGACUAGAACUCGGCCUAUUGGCAGGUUUACAAGUGAACCAGCUAUUAGUGGUUUAGCCAAAGAAGGUUCGUUUCGAUCUACCGCUGGGACAUGCAACCAGAGUUGUCCACGGCGCGGGACUAAUAACUUCCACAAUUCAUUGUUUGGAAUAAUGUCAGCUGCUCACGCAGUGGAGAAAGACUUACUUUUUUCAGGUAAUCAUUCUAAGCAUGUCAUGGCUGUUAGUGUUAAUUCUACAAGAGUGACAAUUAGUUGUCCAGAAAGGGGAGUAAUCACAGGAAAGCUUGUGCUACUUCCAGCAAGCUUGCAGAAACUACUUGAAAUUGGUGCUAAAAAAUUUGGGAUCUCAGCAGGUAAAAUUUUAAGUAAAGAAGGAGCUGAAAUUGAUAAUAUAGAUGUUAUUAAAGACGGCGAUCAUCUUAUUUUUGUCAGUGAUGGUGAUCAUAGCUCCUUGAACCGUGGGACUACUGUGUAAUUUCUGUUUUUGUUUUUCUGCUACAUGCAAAUCUAGCCAAGUUAUUGGAUUGGGUGGAUCAGAAGAAAGCUAUCAGUCACCUCACCUCUCUUAUUCAUUGUUUUAUUCAGUUUUAUGUAUCAAAAUUAAGUAAUGUUAUUUUUUUACAUAUUUUUAGUAUGUAAUAUUUGUAU